AUGCCCACCACUUCUCAAUACAUGCCAUCAAAGACUCCUGCUUGGGAACCGUCCUCUCAUACUCUGGCCCUUUCAUCUCUAGGUCUACCUUCCAUGGUACCUGCAGCAUCUAUCCCUAUGGAAGACCGCGACAUGUUGUGGCUAAAGGACUCUCGUUUCGAAGGUGUUUGUGUGAAGCUCCUAGAGAAGAAUACAGUGAACUGGAAGGUGCUUGAAUUGGUUUCUGUGUCUGGUGAUCAAGUCCGUGUCAAGGACCUGCAGCUCUGGGGGGAACACACCAUCGACAUCGCCAACCUCCAACCUGUGGUUCCUGAUAUGGUGGGCGAUUUUGUUACUGUCACCGCAGGUCCUAUGGCAGGGAAUAUAUUCAAAGUUCGCUCAGUGGAUCAGGAGACUUGCACGAUCCAGAAGUGUGGCACUCGUCCUGCCAGAGGCGAACAAGAUCCUGUUGUUUCUACUAGACGUUUAACCUGCAUAUACGGUCGCUAG